GACCCGCCCGAGCUGGCCACGGCGUGCGUGCGCUAGACACGAGACAAACACUUGCCAGUAGCUAGCUUGAGGUCACGAUUAAGCACGGGCUUGGGUUGAGCGCGAUGGACGCGGCGGCGCAGGCGGGGAGGAGGAGGCCGUCGGAGGUGAGGGCGGAGGGGCUGAUGCGGGGCGCGUGCGCCGCCCUGGCGACGGCGUCGGCGCUGCUCAUGGGGCUGGACACGCAGACGGAGACGGUGCUGCUCAUCAGGAAGAAGGCCACCGUCAAGGACGUCCACGCCCUCUGGGUGCUGACGGCGGCGGCCGGCGCGGCGGCGGGGUACCACCUGCUACACCUGCUCCGGUGCCUCUACCUCGGCCGCUUCGCCCACAACCCCUGCCGCAACAGCAGGGCCUUGGCAUGGGCUUUCUUCCUCCUCGACAAGGGGUGCGCGUACGUGACGUUCGCGGCGACGGUGGCGGCGGCGCAGGCGUGCCUGAUCGCGCUGGACGGCGCGCAGGCGCUGCAGUGGAACAAGGUCUGCAACAUCUUCACCCGCUUCUGCCAGCAGGUCGCCGGGAGCCUCGUCUGCGGCGGGCUCGCCGCCGCCGGCACCGCCGUCCUCUCCGCGCUCUCCGCCCGCAACCUCUUCCGCCUCUACCCGUCGCUCUCCCGCCCGCACCCGCAGCGUUCCUCCUCCACAAAGUAGGCGGCCCGGCCACACCACCACGGUGGGCUCCCGAUGAUAGCUAGCUAGUGCUCUUGAGCCGGAAAGAGACACUCGGCCCGGCUACGCCCGAGCGACUACUUCUUCUUGGGCUUCUCUUCUGUUUGGUUAUGUUGCUAUUAGUGUGAGAAGACUGCUCUGGAAAAAAAAAACUAGUGUGACGUGAAUGUGUGUACUGCAGUAGCGUAUUUGCCCCAGAAAAUAUGUAUUAGUGUGUCUGUAUGUAUGUAUUCUCCGUGUAUUGUUCA